CAUAACAAUGAGAAACAGAGAGAGACAUAGAGGCCUCUCCUCAAAACUAUCAAACCUAAAAACUCCCUUUCUUUUUGUGAAACCCUAACCUGAGAAACCAAUCAACAACUUGGAAGAGAUGGAUCUAGAAGAUUGGGUAUUACUCCCCAAAGAUCCCUACAAGGAUCUUGAUCACGAAGAGGGUCAUGAGGCAGCCACGAAGAUCAUUAGAAACACCCAAAAAAGCUUCGACAUGGAUUACUUCAUCUGCCCAACACAGGAUCCUGUCGGGAAAACAGAGUUCCAUCGAAUGUCAAGCGUGGUCCCCACGCAGCUCCUCCAAGUUCCCAUAACUUGGGAACCCGUGUACACCAUGGAGGACGUAGAUCACAAGAAGAACCUGGAACCGGAUCCGGAACUUUUGACGGACUCUGAUCCGUCGCCGAGAAUAACCUUCAAAACAGCGAAGGAAAACGAAUUUGUCGACAUGAAAAUAGACUUACCAGCGAGGUUCACGAGUCCUCUGCCUCAGAACGAUGAGAAACACUUCGACUCAGAAGGAGUGUUAGUAAAAGAGUGCUAUGAUGAGAUGGGAACAAAGGUUGAAGAAGGCGGUGACGUGAGGAGCAAGAAAGGGGUUGAUUGGGCUGAAAAGAACAUAUGUGGUGGAAAAAUGAAUCUGUGGAAGAUGAGUCUUAAUGGAAUUGGAGCUAUAUGUUCAUUUGGUGUUGCUACUGCUGUUACCACCUUCUGUGUCUUCUUCCUUGGACACAACAAUAGCAUGAAAGGUUGUCGGAACAAGAACAAAAUCAUCAGCUUCCGGGUUUACACUGAUGAUAAUAAGCGAAUAAAUGAAGUAGUGAAGCAUGCAACAAAGCUAAAUGAAGCAAUCUCUGUGAUGAAAGGUCUCCCGGUGGCAAGAGCUCAGAUAUCUUUUGGAGGAUACUAUGAUGGACCUUGAAAUCAUAGCCAUCAUAUCCGUAGCAUGUAUAAUAUGAAUUUAGGAAAUUCAAUAAAUGAUGUCUUAUAAAUUCUACAUUAUUUUUCUGAAUGCAUCUUAGUUUAUAUGAACGAUGAUAUGUACUUUUCACGUAAGGUGAGAAAAGUGUG